AUGGACGCCGCCAACGCCUCCUCGUCCGCCUUCACCUCGGUGCUCGCCAAUGCCAAAUAUGGCGGUGUCGCGGUGCCUCCCCAGCUCGACUAUGUCGUCGACGCCAUCACGACGGCUAGCCCGUGGGCUCUCCUCCUGACCAUCUUUGCCGUCUGUGUUGUUUACGAUCAGAUGAGCUACAUUCUGAGCAAAGGCUCCAUCGCCGGCCCUGCCUGGAAGAUGCCCUUUAUCGGUCCCUUCCUCCAGUCCAUGGACCCCAAGUUCGAGGAGUACUACGCCAAAUGGGCCAGCGGCCCCCUGAGCUGCGUCUCCGUCUUCCACAAGUUCGUUGUUAUCGCUUCCACUCGAGACAUGGCCCGCAAGGUCCUCAACUCCCCGGCAUACGUCAAGCCUUGCGUCGUCGAUGUUGCUCACAAACUUCUCGGUCACGACAACUGGGUCUUCCUCGAUGGCAAGGCUCACGUCGACUUCCGCAAGGGUCUCAACGGCCUCUUCACCCGAAAGGCGCUCGAGUGCUACCUGCCCGGCCAGGAGGAGGUGUACAAGCGCUACUUCAAGAAGUUCCUCGACGUCACCAAGGAGAACAACGGCAAGCCCGUUCCCUUCAUGCCCGAGUUCCGUGAGCUCAUGUGCGCCGUCUCUUGCCGGACCUUUGUCGGCCACUACAUCUCGGACGAGGCAGUCAAGAAGAUUGCCGACGACUACUAUCUCAUUACCGCCGCCCUCGAACUCGUCAACUUUCCCAUCAUCAUCCCCUUCACCAAGACGUGGUACGGCAAGAAGGCCGCCGACAUGGUGCUGGCCGAGUUCGCAAAGUGUGCCGCGAAGAGCAAGGUCCGCAUGGCCGCGGGUGGCGAAGUCAGCUGCAUCAUGGACGGCUGGGUGUUGCAGAUGAUCAACUCGGAGCGCUGGCGCGAGGCCGAAGCCAAGGGCGAGAAGAUCGAGGGCAUGGAAAAGCCCUCGCCGAUGCUGCGCAUGUUCAACGACUACGAAAUCUCCCAGACAGUCUUCACCUUCCUCUUCGCUUCCCAGGACGCCACUAGCAGCGCCGCCACCUGGCUCUUCCAGAUUGCUGCUCAACGACCCGACGUCUUGGACCGCGUCCGCGAGGAGAAUCUCCAGGUCCGCAACGGCGACGUCAAUGCCGAACUGAACAUGGAUCAGCUUGAGUCCCUCAAGUAUACCCGCGCCGUAGUUCGCGAGCUUCUCCGAUACCGGCCGCCCGUCCUGAUGGUUCCCUACAUGGUGAAGAAGCCUUUCCCCAUCACCGACUCGUACACCGUCCCCAAGGGCUCGAUGCUGAUUCCCACGACGUACAUGGCUCUGCACGACCCUGACGUGUACGAGAACCCCGACCACUUUGAUCCCGAGCGAUACUACUCCGGCGAUGCCGAGGUCAAGGGUGCCAAGAACUACCUCGUUUUUGGCACCGGCCCACACUACUGCCUCGGCCAGGUGUACGCGCAGCUGAACCUGGCUCUCUUCCUCGGAAAGGCGUCGGUGCAGCUCAACUGGACACACCACCCGACGCCGCUGUCCGAGGAGAUUAAGGUCUUUGCGACCAUCUUUCCCAAGGACGACUGCCCUUUGACGUUUGAGGAGCGCAAGUGA